CGACAUUCCAUCGUCUUUUUCACAGCUGGUAGUGCGCAUGCGCAAAAGGUGGAGUCCUUGGCUGGUCGGCCUGCUGUAGGUGACUGAUCCUGUGGAGGGGACAUAGACAAAAUGCAGAGUUGGACGCAGUUAUAUCGCUCCCUAGCCACGCGGGGCCACCAGCUGCCCUGCAAACUCCAUGGAGCUGCAGCAGUGUCGGUCAGAACUUAUGCUGACAAGGCAGCAAUUGAUGCUGACGUCACAGUGGUGGGCUCUGGUCCAGGAGGGUACGUUGCUGCUAUCAAGGCUGCACAGCUUGGCUUUAAGACAGUUUGUGUGGAGAAAAAUGCAACGCUGGGUGGAACCUGUCUGAAUGUUGGUUGCAUACCUUCAAAGGCACUUCUUAACAACUCUUACUUGUACCACUUGGCUCAUGGAAAAGAUUUUGAAAGCAGAGGCAUAGAAAUUUCUGGCAUCUCAUUGAACCUUGAAAAAAUGAUGGCACAGAAGUCUAAUGCAGUCAAAGCACUAACUGGAGGAAUUGCACAUCUUUUUAAACAGAACAAAGUGACCCAUGUAAAUGGGUUUGGGAAAGUGACAGGGAAGAACCAGGUGACUGCAACAACAGCAGACGGAGAGCAGGUCAUCAACACCAAGAACAUCCUCAUCGCCACAGGCUCUGAGGUCACGCCUUUCCCUGGGAUUCAGAUUGAUGAAGAGUCCGUAGUCUCAUCCACAGGAGCUUUGUGUCUGAAGAAGGUUCCAGAGGAGCUCAUCGUCAUCGGAGCUGGAGUCAUUGGAGUGGAACUGGGAUCAGUGUGGCAGCGAUUAGGCUCCAAAGUCACGGCUGUAGAGUUUCUUGGUCAUGUGGGCGGUAUGGGCAUCGACAUGGAAAUCUCCAAAAACUUCCAGCGAAUUUUGCAGAAGCAGGGCCUCAAGUUCAAACUCGGCACUAAAGUCAUGGGAGCCACCAAGAGACCCGAUGGGAAGAUCGAUGUGGCAGUGGAGGCAGCAGCAGGAGGGAAGAAUGAGACCUUAACUUGUGACGUUUUGCUGGUGUGUAUCGGACGGAGGCCUUUCACUCAGAACUUGGGUUUGGAGGAUGUAGGAAUUGAGCUGGACAACAGAGGUCGCAUCCCCGUCAACAACCGCUUCCAGACCAAAGUACCCAGUAUUUAUGCCAUUGGAGACGUGGUAGCUGGGCCCAUGUUGGCGCACAAAGCUGAGGACGAGGGCAUCAUCUGUGUGGAGGGCAUGGCUGGAGGUGCAGUGCACAUCGACUACAACUGCGUCCCCUCUGUGAUCUACACUCACCCCGAGGUGGCCUGGGUUGGGAAGACUGAGGAGCAGCUCAAGGAGGAGGGCGUCCCAUACAAAGUUGGCAAGUUCCCCUUCGCCGCCAACAGCCGAGCCAAAACCAACGCAGACACAGACGGCCUGGUGAAGAUUCUCAGCCACAAGGAGACAGACAGGAUGCUGGGAGCUCACAUCCUAGGAUCUGGGGCAGGAGAGAUGAUCAAUGAAGCUGCUUUGGCCAUGGAGUAUGGCGCUUCAUGUGAGGAUGUUGCUAGAGUUUGCCAUGCACAUCCUACUGUAUCCGAGGCCUUCAGGGAAGCAAACCUGGCGGCCUCUUUCGGCAAAGCCAUCAACUUCUAAACCUACAGCCGCUGUCGCACCUCCAGUGUACAUAAUACCAAUAUCUGAACUGUCUCCAAAUGCUCUGUUCCUCUGCGCCUUUUAGUUCUACUGUUAUUUAACUGUUCUCAAAAGAAAUAAUAAAGGGGGCUUGGGCUUCACUUCAAAA